AUGGUCUUCACAGCUGCUAGAUGGGUGGUUGAUGUAGCAGAAGGGAAGACCGUUUGCAGAUUCGUAUUGGUCGUGGCUGAGGCCACGAUUUGGGAGAGGGAAGCGAGAAGGAUGAGUUUGGAGUACAUGAUGAACAAUUACAGGCAGGGCCUCCAAAUCAGAAGCUUUGCUCAGACACGUCUCCUCAAACAUGUCCAAGGUCCCCAACCUGACAGCUACGACAACUCCAAUGCACGACCAGCAGUUGACCUGAACCACAACAUAACGCAGGAGGAGAAGGAUCACUAUGCGCGCAAACUGCACGAGGAUAAGGGAAAGCAGAUACGCACACCAUGGCAUCGCGAAGGAAGCGAAAAGCCACCUGUUUCCAAGUUGGAGAGUGAUAGUGGGACAAUGACGAAGGGCAAACUUCUCACCACCCCCUCACGUAUGCUCAAACUCAUUCUCCCCCUCACAACAAGAGACUCCACCUCCACCUCCUCCGCGCCCGAACCCCUCGCCCUGCUGGUCCACCCCCAACAACCCCUCUCCUACCUUGAACGCCUCAUCCAAGCCGAACUCCCCUUCCUCAAAACAAAGGAUGGCCGUGAACGCAUCCCAAACGUCUACUUCCGCGCCGAGGACUCCCUACAGGAUUCAUUAGAACCCUCGAAACCUACAGCGACCCCCGUAUCCGAAACCAGCGAGUCCGUCGUCGAGGAUGAAUACGUCUUCCAGAAAGCCGACGAGAUCCACAUCGACGGAAAGACGGAACGCACCGGCAAACUCGACUCCCCAUCUUCAACAACAACUCCUGAAGGCUUCCCACCCAACCGCCACCACCCUUCCGAAGCCGCCGCACUCCGCGGCGGCCAUGGCGAAGGAGGCGUGGAAUCCUACUCGGGCCUAGGCCACGAAGCCCCCUCCGAUUCAAGGCGCACGCGCAACUUCGUCCGCUGGUCCUCGUCGACGGAGAUUGGGGACUUUAUCCGCGACGCCGCGCGCGGGCAGGAAUUCGCCAUCGAGAUUGAGGGCGCGCCGCACGACAUCCGCGUCGGGGUGCCGAGCUUCAACGACAGGACGUAUUACUUGCGGAUGCGGCUGCGCAAGACGAGCAAGCGGAUCGCGGACAUGGCGAAGAUCAAGAAGGAGUGCGACGAGUUGGCGCAUAGGGCGGCGCAGAGAGUGGCCAUGGGCGGGUUCGGCGUGCUGUGCGGGUGGUGGUAUCUCGUGUAUCGGUUGACGUUUGAAACGGAGUUGGGGUGGGAUGUCAUGGAGCCUGUGACGUACCUCGUCGGCCUCUCUUCCCUCAUAGCCGGCUACGUCUGGUUCCUCUACCACAACCGCGAGGUCUCGUACCGCUCCGCCAUGAACUUCACCAUCUCGCGCCGCCAGCAGAAGCUCUACAGCCAACGGGGCUUCGAUCUACAGAAGUGGGAGGCCCUCGUCGCCGAGGGGAAUGAGCUGAGGAAGGAGAUCAAGGCCGUCGCGAAUGAGUACGAUGUAGAGUGGGAUGAGCUCGAGGAUGAGAAGCAUGAGGAGGUAGCGGAGGCGUUGAGGGAGGAGAGGAAGAAGAAGGAGAAGGAGGAGGAAGAGGAGGGACCGCAACCUGCGGGUACGAGGGCGAAUGAGGGGCCUGCGAAGGGGUCGGAUGUAAAGUAG